AUGACCGCCAUCAAACCCAUUUCAAAACCUAAAAGGGCGGAGACUACAGAGGUUCAGCGCUCAGUUAUUAUCACCUUACAUGGCGAGGGUUAUCCUUUUGCCAAAAUAGCCGAGAAAACUGGAGUACCAAAAAGCACCUGCUAUUCAAUUGUCAAACGAGAUAAAGACAAUCGGAAACCUGGCAGUCUAGUCCCCUACACCAAAAAUGCCUCUAGGAAGAGCCGGCCAGAGAAGCUAAGCCUAAGAGAACGGCGGUUCUUAGUCUGGAUUGCACGACGUUGCCGACGUACAGUUCUUAAUCAGCUUAUCAAAUUCUUACCUACUUCGAUUACUAGAAAGACUGCUAGGAAAUAUUUAGCCAAAGCAGGCAUCCACCGACGUCGCGCAAAAAGAAAGUCUUUCCUAAAGAAGCAGCACAUGGUUAAUAGGUUAAAAUGGUGCAAGGAAAGAAAGAGCUGGACUUUGGAGGAUUGGGGAGAUAUUAUUUGGACCGACGAAUCGAGAUUUGAGGUGGGAUUUCAUGCUGGAACCUGCUGGGUAUCGAGAGCAGCUGGUGAGAAGGAGCUUCCAGAUUGUCUACUGCCUUCUUUCAAAAGUGGUAGGACGUCGGUCAUGAUAUGCCAGUUCUCAAGGGAGUGA